AUGGCGGUAGAGCUAAUGAGUUUUAACCCAAAGAUGGAUGAUCAGACGGCUAUACAAGAGGCUGCAUCACAAGGAAUCAAGAGCAUGGAACACUUGAUGCGCAUGAUGUCUCAUCAAAAUAAUCAGCACGUAGGGGAUUGCACUGACCUUACUGAUCUAACCGUUUCUAAGUUCAAGAAAGUCAUAUCCCUCUUAAACCGAACCGGCCACGCCCGGUUCAGACGUGGCCCGGCCCAACCGAACCAACAGGCCAAUUCUUCGUUUUCCCUGUCGUCAACCCCCACUUCAACACAGUCACCACAAUCACACUCACAGUCUCCCUCCGUCUCUCGCUUCCAGAACCUAACCCUAACUCCACCUCAAAUCACACCUCCGGCCACCGCGCACCCUGCGGCGCCGGUGAGUAUGACGCUUGAUUUCUCGAAAGCGAAUAUAUUUAACUCUAAGAGUGCGGAGAUUGAGUUUUCGAAGGAUAGUUUCAGUGUUUCCUCGAAUUCGACGUCGUUUAUGUCAUCGGCGAUAACUGGUGACGGCAGCGUUUCGAACGGGAAACAAGGAUCAUCGUCGAUAUUCUUAGGAUCCGCCGGCAAACCGCCGUUGUCGACGGUGCCGUACAGCAACAAGAAGAGGUGCCAUGAGCAUCAUCAUGAUGAUAGUGUGUCGGGUUCCUCUAGCGGCAAGUGCCAUUGCUCUUCUAAGAGAAGGAAAAAUCGGGUGAAGAAAGUCAUCAGAGUCCCAGCAAUUAGUUCAAAAAUUGCUGAUAUUCCACCAGAUGAGUAUUCUUGGAGAAAGUAUGGUCAAAAACCAAUCAAGGGAUCACCAUACCCAAGGGGAUAUUACAAGUGUAGUACGAUGAGAGGGUGCCCAGCAAGGAAACACGUGGAGAGAGCAACGGACGAUCCAUCCAUGUUGAUUGUAACGUACGAGGGAGAGCAUAAGCAUAGUCCAAGUGCAAUGGAGGUUAACAUGGCUGGUGCUCAUUCUGUUGUUGGCUUGGCGUUUGAGUCAACUAUGAUGGCAGAGGAAUAA